UCCUCACGCGCAGCUCCCGUUGCUCUAGGUGAAGCCCAACUCACUCACGAGCUUCAGAAUGAAGCAGGUGUCCAACAUGGCGAACACGAGCAACGGAUCUCUCGCUACUCUCCUCAUUUUAAUCACCAUUUCGGCAGCUAUCCACACAGUCCAAAGUCAGAAUCUCAUAUCGGACAACGUCUCAGUAGUGGAAGGAGAGACAGCCACCAUAAGCUGUCGAGUCAAAAACAAUGACGACUCCGUCAUCCAGCUCCUUAACCCCAACAGACAGACCAUCUACUUCAAAGACGUCAGACCCCUGAAAGAUGCUCGAUUCCAGCUGGUCAAUUUCUCAGACAACGAGCUUCGUGUAUCGUUAUCCAACGUGUCUCUGUCAGACGAGGGCAGAUACGUGUGCCAGCUCUACACAGACCCUCCACAGGAAGCCUACGCCGACAUCACUGUGCUAAUCCCACCAGGAAACCCAAUCAUAGAGUCCCGCGAGGACAUCGUCAGCGAGGGCAACGAGACAGAGAUAACCUGCACCUCCAUGGGCAGCAAACCCGCCGCAACCAUCAGAUGGAUGAAAGGAGACAAAGAGCUACAGGGCAAGUCUAAGGUGGAGCUCACAUAUGACAAGAUGUUCACUGUGACGAGCUGGCUGAGGUUAACAGUCACGAGAGAAGACGACGGUGUUCCAGUGGUCUGCAUUGUUGACCAUCCAGCAGUCAAGGACUUUCAGGCACAGAAGUACCUCGAAGUGCAAUAUAAACCUGAGGUGCAGAUCGUGGUGGAUUUUCCAUCGGGCCCCAUUAGAGAAGGAGAAAACCUGGAACUGACAUGCCUGGCUAAAGGCAAACCUGAGCCUCAGCAGGUGAACUGGGUAAGGGUGGACGAUGAUGUGCCAUCUCACGCUGUUAUCACUGGUUCAGAUCUCUUCAUCGAGAAUCUCAACAAGUCCUACAAUGGCACUUACCGAUGCGUGGCGUCCAACCCUUUGGGUGAAGCGUAUGAUGACUACAUCCUCUUUGUACGCGAUGCCCUUACCACAACCCCUAAACCCACAACCACCACCACCACCACCAUCUCCGCCACAACCUCCCCUCCAGACGUCAUACAAGACGCUGCGCCCAGCACUGAAGCCGCAGCUCACGAUUCCCAAGCAGGAGCAGAAACACAGAGAUCAAUGGACCAUGCCCUUAUCGGAGGUGUGGUGGCCGUCGUGGUCUUCGCCAUGUUGUGUCUUCUCAUCGUUUUGGGCCGAUACUUUGCAAGACACAAAGGCACCUACUUCACACACGAAGCCAAGGGGGCAGACGACGCGGCGGAUGCCGACACGGCCAUCAUCAACGCCGAAGGGGGCCACAACAACUCGGACGAGAAGAAAGAAUACUAUAUCUGAGUCCUGAGGCCUCUGUUGUUCUUAAUAUUUGCUUUUGUUUUGGUUUUGGCGGGAGGGGGUGGGGCAUGGGGGAACUGAGAUCUUUAUUUUUCUUUUGUUUUGGUUUAUUUGUCAGUUGGUUUAGUUUCUUUCCUGGGGAUUGAAUGACGUAGAAUGCUACACGGGCAGCUGAGAAGAUGUAGGUAUUUGUGUUAUACAGCGGGGUCAGGGGUGGGCUUUGGGGGGGGGCGGGAUACCAGACGUUGCCAGUUAUAAGUGUAGAAAGUGUCACCACACAGCAACCUCCCCAACUGCUGGUAUUUUUCGUUAGUUUCUUAAACCAUUUGCAGAAAAUUCUGUGCCUUGUUCUGAAUUUUUUUUUCUUAGUCAUGCUUUACACGCCAUCUAUCAUUUACAACGCGACCCUAAACCCCCCCUCCCCGAAAACACACAUACACCUUCAUCUCUGAUGAGACAUCUUUUGGCUUUCCUAUGAAGGUACAUGAACGCACACCUCAAUACAUUCCCCUACACUGUGGGCAUCUCCAUCUUCUGUACUAAGAGCAGGCCAAGUCACAUGAUUCAUUCAAUCCCAGGUCUUCAGCAGCAUCAAGGGAAGUACAAGCAGUUUCCUUCCUUCCUGUUCCCUUAACAGUUUGAUGAGAAUUGAUCCUGAAAGUUGCACCUGUUUCAUUCUGACAAGCAUUGCAGUAGAAAUUACUUUACCUAUUUUUUUUCCAGUUGUACAGUAUGUGCCAGUACAUUUGAAGCAUCACUACAGAGCAUUGGUGCAGAUGAUUCCUGCUACUCUGCACUUAUGGAGGCUUAUCGCUGAAUCCCUUGCAGAAUAACCACUUGAGCAUUACAUGUCCGAUCACAUGCUAGCAUCAUGUGAAAUUGGUGAUUUUUGGAAUAUUUUCAGGUGAAACCCAUUUGUGAACACAUACUCAGAUGUGUUUCAUACGAGUUCCUCAAAUUUCACAUUUGAUUUAACUAUGUAAUGGCAUAUGUAAAGCUGGGUUUUUCUGUAAGGGAAGCCUUUGCAGGUAUUUAUUAUUUCAGUAUAACGUUGUCUUUGGUUUUGUUAGCAUUUUCAUCCAGAAACGUUUUCGCACAUGCCAUAAUAUCGAAAUGAGAGUCGCCAUCACUGAAAAAGGUCUAAAUGCUGUGGCUUACAUUUUCUGUUCUUGUUUUAUGCUGUAGUUUUCCACACAGGGCUGGUGAAGGUGACCCUCUAGCACACGUAAAUAACUACCUAAAAUUGUGUCAAAUUUCUUUUGCUUUAUGCGUCGGUUAUGUUAGGGGGUAAGCGCAGCAACCAUCAUGUUUGUACAGAGAGGGAAGAUGUGGAAAUGAUUUGAUUUCUAUAACUUUACUACCUUAAAACACAUUUCAACAGCCAAAAAAAGAAAGAAAAAAAAAACAUCUGCAUUUGUGUCUCGUUUGUAGGCGAGUCAGUGAGGAUGUGACAUCGAUGUUAAGCAGUCCAACAAGUGUGUAAUGGUAUAUGAUUGCCUGUCAAGUUAAUUGCCUGUUUGUUCUUCCUCAGAGGAAACGGUGGCAAUCGCAGCUAGCUUAUCCUAGUGAUAUUAGUAUUUGAAUAUAGACUGGCCAAAUAUCCCAGACUCUGGUGCGGGGAAAAAAAAAAGCAUCACAGUGAAAUAAUUUUCUCUUAAAGUGUAAACAAUGUGUGUUUUAUUGUUUAUAAUUGCUGUGAGUUGCUCCUCCGGGUUCCUGCUUUCGCAUAAUAUUGCUGGGCUUGAAAUGAGGUUCGUUUGAAUGGAGAGUGAAACAAGCAGUUUUUUAUUACCAGGACAGUAAAAUAAAUAAAAAAGACAGAAAAGCUUUUAAUAACAUUCCAAAUAUUUUAGGCAACUGAUGUAAUUAGCCUCAUAUGUGGAUUUUCCCCUAUAUUUACAAUCGCUGUCAACACAUGACGCUAACCAAAAAAAACAACACGCUCAUGCUUUCUCCGCUCCUGUGAACACAUUUCGCCUAGCUACAAUCGUAGCACCCGUCAAGGGUACGUAACGUAAGGUGGCUAAAGAUGUCUACAGUACUUUUCCUAAAGAGAAGUAUUUCUUCUCAUUUCCUCAUGACUCUCUCUGUAGUGUAAGUGAAUUUAGACGCCAUAGUUUAGCCCUGCUGAAAUCAGCCUCAGUGUGUACGUAAAAACGGCGAGGUUGAGGGGGAAAACACACUCUUGUUCGCUUUAUUUUCUUAUUUAUAAAGAAGAAACAACACGAGCAUCCACUUUUAGCGUAUGUGCAUUAACCAUGGGAAACACUUUGGACACGUUUGUUUUUAUGUAGAAUACAAAUCCGAGGGAAUGUCUUGCAGCUUGAUGGUUACCGUUGCAGUUGAGAUAUACAGUUGUGUGGCUUGUGCUUAACUAGUGAGCAUCAUUUAGCUUUGGUCUGGCAGCUUCUGAACAGGAUUUCAGACAUCCCUUCUCUUUUCGCGUAUGUGAGAGACAUGACAUCAGUAUACUAAUUUUGUGGUACUUAGACUGGGCCGAUGUACAUUUUGUUCAACUUGUUAUGUUAGACCUGUUUUAAAUGUGAUUACUGUGGUUUAAUCCACUCUACUAGGCGUUCGAGGACUUGGAUGGGAAGACGCAGAUCUCUUUUUGUCGUCUGUCUCUUGUACAGCAAGUCGAAAAAGGUCAAGUUGAACGUGUCCAAAUACGACUACUUGUUUUGAGAUGUGAACCGGGUCAUUGUGUUUGUUGUUUUCAUUACUUUUGUAAUGCCCCUUGUUUGAUAGUGCAACAGUGUUACUGAUUGAAACGUUUAUUUGAUCUUGACGGUUUCGUUUUAAGCCCUGUCUCAGGUUCACGUACGAUUAACGGUAUAUUUGCAUCUCAGGAAGAAUGCAAAGUUAAAGCCCAUGAUUAAGAAAUCAGACAAUAAUUACUAAUAGGAUCAAGCUGGAUCUCAAAUCAAAUGGUGAAUUUUAUAUUUGAACUACAUGUUUUAUGUAUUUGUUUUUGUUGUUGUUGUUUAUUUGGUGCACUGUAAAAUGUGUACAUAGGGUACACAAUGUUAAGUAUUAUCUUUUUUUAAGUCCAACUUCACACAGAGAGGACAGGAAAGGACAAACCAACUCAAUCUCAUGAGAAACGUAAUUAUUUUAUGAGUUUUGAAAUUGAAUGAAGCAUGAAGGUUCACCCCUAAAAUUAACCCUCAUAGGGGCACAAGCAGAUUAUACAAACACGUAUGAAUUAUAUUAUACAGUUUAACACAAACACACACACACACACACA